AUGCCGAAACAAAAAGCUCCACCACCACCUCCGCCGCCCCCGCCGCCGCCGCCUCCUCCGCCACCACCACCUCCUCCUCCUCCUCCACCGCCUCCGUCCUCACGUCAUCAUAAACACCCUCAUCAUAAACCGAAUAAUGUUAAUGACACCAGUAAUGACCUGUUGAUUGCGGCGGGAGCAAUAGCUGCAGCAGGAUUGUUGUUCUUUAUCAUGAUAUUAUGUGUGUUAGCUUGUAUCAAGAGGAAAAAGAGAAGACGACAUGAAGAGAUGUAUUAUUAUAAAGACAAUGCUAACGAAAAUGACAAUGGGUAUUAUGCCUCGCAGAAAAACGCUUGGAACCAAUCUCAACCACCUAACGACAUUCAUCUAAAGAUGCCACCACCACCUGGUAGUGGUCCCGCAAGUUCCGAGCACGAAUGGGUGGCGGCACCACCACCCCCACCACCACCGAUGUCGGGUAGUGGUGAGUUCAGCUCUGCAAAUUUCUCUGGCCCUUACCAAGCCCCUUUGCCACCUCCACACCCAGCUGUAGCCCUUGGUUUCAAUAAAAGCACUUUCUCGUACGAUGAGUUAGCUGCAGCCACCCGAGGGUUCGAUAGGUCUCUACUUCUAGGACAAGGUGGAUUCGGGUAUGUGUACAAAGGAAUUUUACCAAACGGAAAAGAGAUAGCUGUUAAGAGCCUUAAAUCUACUAGUGGCCAAGGGGAACGUGAAUUUCAGGCUGAGGUCGAGAUCAUUAGUCGCGUGCAUCACCGACACCUUGUAUCUCUAGUCGGAUAUUGUCUCGCAGGGCAGCAAAAAUUAUUGGUUUAUGAAUUUAUUCCCAACAAUAGCCUUGAGUAUCACCUUUAUGGGGAGGGUGCGCCAGUUAUGGACUGCUCAACAAGGUUAAAAAUAGCAUUGGGAGCAGCCAAAGGUUUUGCUUAUCUUCAUGAAGAUUGUAAUCCUCGCAUCAUCCAUAGAGACAUUAAGGCUGCAAAUAUACUGCUUGAUGAACAUUACGAGGCCAAGGUAGCAGAUUUUGGGCUUGCAAAGCUUUCAUCAGACACAAACACUCAUGUGUCAACGCGUGUUAUGGGAACAUUUGGGUACCUGGCACCUGAGUAUGCAUCCAGCGGUAAGCUUACAGAGAAGUCUGAUGUGUUUUCCUAUGGAGUCGUGCUCUUGGAAUUGAUUACUGGUAGACGACCCAUGGAGUCAGUUAGUGACGAUGAUACCUUAAUCGACUGGGCUAGACCUAUCCUAAAUCAAGCAGCAGAAGGUGGAAGCUAUGAAGAGCUGGUGGAUCCACGUUUGGGGAAUAACUACGACAGAGAGGAGAUGUAUCGCAUGGUAGUAUGUGCAUCAGCUUGUCUUAGACAUUCUGCAAGAAGACGCCCAAGGAUGAGCCAGGUUAUCCGUGCAUUGGAAGGUGAGGCUUCGUUGGAUGACCUAAAUGAUGUUAAGAGUGGCGGCUUGUCAAGUGCAGGGAGCUCAGAGGUUGAUUUGCAUAAGAAAUACGGGAAGUACGCUACAUCAAGCCAAGAAUUUUCAAGUGGCGAUCAAGGUAGCACAGGGGAGAUUUUCCACUCGGGUGGCAGAUCAGGUGAGAUGCACCGAACAAAUCAGAACACCUGAUUGACGAGAACGACAAAAGGGGAAUAAGCAAAAGCUAUACAAUAAUAAAAAUUGAGGGGGGCUAUAUGCAGAAUUGCAGAGCAACAAAAAACUCAACUCGGAGUACAGGAAACAUUAUUGUGAGAGUUAACAUGAUUUUCUUUCCGGCAUUAGAUCAAACAGAUGGCGACCCUCGACUGCCAGAUGUCGGACUAGUUGAAUAAUUUGCUUUGAGCCUUAGAUCAUUCAGAAUGCAAAGUCUUUCAUCGAAUUUGUACCAUCUUUGAAGCACGUGCAUAACCACCAAUGUCUAAAAUGAUAUGCAGUGGCAACAUUUAAUUCAGUUGUUUAAAUUCCUGUUCAUAAUUAUGGAAAGACAAUGAACAAUUGUUCAGUUUUGGUUGUUUAAAAUCUAUAUCGUAUAAUUUAAUUUGACACGUUGUGCUUUUGCCAAGGAAGUCGCAAUGAAGCUUGUGGUUAGAUCCAAGAACCAAUCUGUCAAUUAUGCAAUUCGUGAGAUAGUAGCCAACUAGUCCUAGUCCGUUUAAGGGCAUGUUUGUUAGCAGUUUAAUGAGCUUAAUGGAACUUACAGUUUAUUUGACCUGCUAUACAUGAGUGUUUGGCAGUGGUUUGAUGAUAUAUAAAAUGGCUAAUGUAAAAAGCCAAGUUUUUUUUCCAAACCUGUACCUCCCAAAUA